CUGCUGAUUUAUACUUGCUGAGCUCUGAUUUCCCUUCUUGUUCAUGGAAAAUAUUUAUAUCACAGUGAUUAUUCAGCUCAAAUCCAAGUGAUAUUCUCUUUCUUGAACUCAGCUCUUGUUGCUGGCAUAUGAAAAAUUUGCUGAUCGUUGUUCCUCGCUCACUACGCGGAACCCCUAAGCAACCCAAAUCACUGCAUCAUCUCCAACAGCGUCAACCACUGUCCUCUGCAUCCAAAUGGAACUCCACAACCAACGUCGUAAUCACCAACCCAAUCCUCGUGAUCAUGGAAUCAUGUUCCACCAUGCGGCAACUGAAGCAGAUUCAUGCCCGCAUGACCCGGACCGGUCUCAUCACCCACACGUUCCCGGCGAGCAGGCUCCUCGCCUUCUGCGCGCUCGCCGAUGCCGGAGACAUUCGCUACGCCCACCUUCUCUUCCACCGCGUCAUCGACGAGCCCAACACUUUCAUGUGGAACACCAUGAUCAGAGGAUAUCGGAAAGCCAGGAACCCCAACAUUGCCUUCUCCUACUUCCUCCGAAUGCUGCGGCACCGCGUUGAAAUGGACUGCAGAAGCUUCGUUUUCGCGCUAAAGGCGUGUGAGGAGCUAUCUGGGGAUUUUGAGGGGGAAUCAGUGCAUUGCGUUGUGAGGAAACUGGGGUUUGAUUCGGAGUUGCUUGUGAGGAAUGGGUUGAUCCAUUUUUAUGCUGAUCGUGGUUGGUUGAAACAUGCGCGCGAGGUGUUUGAUGAAAGUUCUCUAAAGGAUGUUGUUACUUGGACCACGAUGAUUGAUGGGUAUGCGAGCCGUAAUUGUUCGGAAUUGGCUAUGGAGCUGUUCAAUUUGAUGUUGCGCGGUGAUGUUGAGCCGAAUGAGGUGACGCUGAUUGCGGUGCUUUCGGCGUGCUCUCAGAUGGGUGACAUUGAAAUGGGGAGAAGAGUUCAUGAAAACAUGGAAAAGAAGAAUAUGAGGUGUAGUUUAAAUUUGCACAAUGCCUUAUUGGACAUGUAUGUGAAAUGUGGCAGUUUGGUGGCUGCUAGAGAGCUUUUUGAUAGAAUGGAAACUAGGGAUGUGUUCUCGUGGACUAGCAUGGUUAACGGGUAUGCCAAAUGUGGUGACUUGGAAAAUGCAAGGAGGUUUCUCGAUCAAACUCCUCACAAAAAUGUCGUCUCCUGGAGUGCAAUGCUUGCAGGAUAUUCUCAGAAUAACAAACCCAAGGAAUCGUUGAAGUUGUUUCAUGAAAUGAUGGGGGCAGGUGUUGUUCCGGAGGAGCACGCCUUAGUGAGUGUGCUCUCUGCUUGUGGCCAGCUGAGUUGCUUGAAUUUAGGUCAUUGGAUUCAUCAACAUUUUGUCAUUGAAAAAGGGAUGCACCCUAGUGUCACUCUGGCAAAUGCAAUUCUUGACAUGUAUGCCAAAUGUGGAAGCAUAGAGGCUGCAGCGGAAGUCUUCAAUGCAAUUUCAGAGAGGAACCUGGUUUCAUGGAAUUCUAUGAUUGCAGGGUAUGCUGCUAACGGUCAAGCAAAGCAAGCUGUCAACGUAUUUGACCAGAUGAGGUGCAUGGGAUUUAAGCCGGACGACAUUACAUUUGUGAAUUUGUUGACAGCCUGCAGUCAUGGUGGCUUAAUCUCAGAAGGCCAAGAAUAUUUUUACACCAUGGAAAGAAACUAUGGGAUAAAACCCAAAAGGGAACAUUAUUCAUGCAUGAUUGAUCUUCUGGGCCGAACUGGGCUCCUGAAAGAAGCUUACGAGUUGAUAACGAGUAUGCCAAUGCAACCUUGUGAGGCUGCAUGGGGUGCCCUUCUAAAUGCUUGUAGAAUGCAUGGCAAUGUUGAGCUGGCCAGGUUGUCGGCUUGUAAUCUUCUAAGCUUGGAUCCAGAAGAUAGUGGAAUAUAUGUUCUGCUGGCGAAUAUUUGUGCUAAUGAGAGAAAAUGGGGUGAUGUGAAGAGGGUGCGAAGUUUGAUGAGAGACAAGGGUGUGAAGAAGAUUCCUGGUCAUAGCUUAGUAGAGGUAGAUGGUGAAUUUAAAGAGUUUUUAGUGGCAGAUGAAUCACACCCUCAAUCUGAGGAGAUAUAUAAAGUACUAGAUGAAAUAUUUUUGUCGUCAGAAUUGGAAGACUAUGACACUGACAUAUUUGUAUAACCUUUAUGUAAACAUAUUCUUUAGUUUUAGUACUGAGAUUUUUUCCUUUACACAAAUAUUUUUAUAGGGCUUUAACCCUUAACAAUAUAAACCCCAUGAGAGGAACUAUCAUAUUCAU